GGUUGGGUUUCGCGUGUGUCAGUCACGCAGGAGCCGCCUCCGCGUGCAGACAGUCCGGGCCGAGCUCGGAGCUGAUUGGCUGCUCGGGGAGAGGUCAGUGCGGCUAGCAGCGGAGCAGACUGGCGCACCAGACCCCGACCAGGAAGUCAAAGCAAAGUUAAUUAAAAUCAUCCUCGUUUUGAUUCCUCGCACACUGACGCAGAGACACCGGCAUGAGCUCCGCCGCCUCUCCGACUAUUGGGGAGUUAUUCCUCAUCCUCAGUGAGAUGGGUUUCACGGAGGAACAGAUCCAGGCAGCUGUACAGGCCGGCCAUUUUUCUGUUUCAGAUGCAGCCGAGUGGCUCUUACAGGGUCAGUAUCCACGGCACAGGUUGGUCAAGCAGUCGUCACAGCCAGCUGAGACAGCUUUCUCUGCUUUCAACCCACCCAAAGAGGCAGCGAGCACUUCAGAGACAUCUCCUUCUGACAGCAGAGCUUCCCCUUCGUUGGUGCUGAGGCCAUCACAGUCGUGCACCCUGUCCCCAGAGCCACUACCAGUCGAGUCCCGCAUCAAGCAAGACAAGAGUGACUUUGAAGAGCAGCAGAGGCAGCGUGUGGCUCAGGAGGCCAGAGCAGAGAGAAGACAAAAGAAACAGGAGCGCGAGCUGGUAUUAAAGCGAAUAGCUGAGGAUCGGAGGAGCCUGCAGGAGAAGAUAAAGACCAGCGGCACCACAGAGACGUCUCCUCCCAGUGGACAAGGGCAGAAGCUCGGAGGAAAGAUUCAGACUAACGUGGACAACAACUGCGUCCUCAUGAUUCGGCUGCCGUCCGGUGAGUCCAUGCGUGAGCGCUUCCCGGCCGACGCCCCUCUGCGCAGCGUCGUGGAGCACAUCACCGGACGCCACCCUUCCCUCGCCUCCUUCUCCCUCCUCCAGGGUUUCCCGCGGAAACGCUUCGGGGAGGCGGAGCUUGCCUGUUCGCUGCGCUCUCUCGGCCUCACGCCCAACGCCGCGCUGUGUAUUCAGACCACUCCUCCGGAGACGCCUCAGGACGUGCAGAGUCCUGCGGACCCGUCACCAACAGUGGGACAGAACGAGCCGCCUCCGUGCGAUGAAUCUCCUCAGCCACAUAUUCCUGUCCUGGAGGGGGCGGAAGGGCAGGACCUUGUUAUACCUCCACCACUACCCAAUCAGCUGUGGGAAGAGGCAGUGAAUUACGCAGGGAUACCUGGAGUCGGUCCUUCACUGUCUGGACCGUCUCACUUCUGGGGACGAGGCCAGAGGUUGGUUCCGGGUAACCCUGAAGAAGCAGCUGGCAUAGAGGUCGACGAGGAACAAGAAGGAGAGGAGGAGCUACCUGACGUGCUGAACGGAAUGCCGAGGCUGCCGUUCUUUCCUGAGAACCGGUUCAGAGGAGACUUUGAGCCCCGGCACCACUGGCCAGAGCAAGGCAAUCGACUCAGGGAAGCUCCUGAAGAGGAACCGGCAGAGCCUGAGGAUUUGGGAGGUCGGAUGGCGCCUCUAGCUGCAGGUCAGGCUGCAGUGGAGCGUCUUCAAAGAGCUGCACAGCAAGAAGACCCCCGCGCCUCACAGGGCCAACCAUCACCCCCGAAAAGACCCUUCAGGACACCCAGCGUGCCGUCUCUAUGUGCCUUGGCCACCCGAGCGACUGUCCACCUAAUGACCGCUCCCAGCAUGCAGUACAGCAGCAGUCUGGCAUGCCUCACCCCGGAGCUGGCGGAGCUUCUGCUCAACCACAUGUCGCGGGAGAGGCUCCUUCGUCCGCGUACCCUGGAGCUCUUCUUCGGCUGCCCGUUGCAGAAGUUUGUCCUAAACUGCUACCCUUACUCCACCAAUGAGCUCCUGCGGCAGUUACGUGCCUUCACAGCGCUGAAGCAUCUGAGUCUGGUCAACUCACCUCUCAUCACAGACUCCGGGUUGUCGAUCUUGUCCAGCCUGGUCAAACUCCAGUACCUCAACCUGGCCUCCUGUAGCAAACUGACAGACUCCUGUCUGCAGCACAUCACAGGUUUGAAGAGCCUGUGUUUCCUGUCCCUGGACCAGACCAAAGUGACCGAUGCCGGGAUGGUGCUGUAUCUCCAGUCGGCUCCGUCCUGCCUCUCUCAGCUCAGCCUGAACCAGACGGCUGUGACUGAAGCCACGCUGGCAGUCCUGCCCACCUGUGUGCCACAACUGCGGCUCCUCAGCAUCAAGCAGACGAAGGUCGCAGAUGUGUCAGCUUUGGCAGAGCUGUCCAGCCUGCAGACCCUCAACCUGGAUGGGACUGGCGUGACGGAAAGCUCUCUGGAGCACCUCGCCUCCCACCCUACCCUGUCUUCCCUCAGCUUGGCGGGAAUCCCCGUAGCGGAUGGCAAUCAAGCCCUGCAGAUUAUCUCAGGUCUGAAGUUGACGCAGCUGACACUCCCGGGACGCCACUCUGUGACAGACAGUGGGUUGGCAUUCCUCUCUAGACUGUCUCUGCUCUCAGAGCUGGACCUGACAGACUACACACAUGUCACAGACCAAGGUGUCAGCCAGCUGUCCACCAUGAGCAGGUUGAAGAAGCUGUCGCUUAGCAACACUCAGGUGACAGACGCGGGGCUUCCCUCUCUGCGUGGCCUGCAGGAGGUGCAGGAGCUCUGUUUGGACCGAACGGCAGUCACCAGCCGAGGAGUGGCUGAGCUAAUCACCUGUCUGCCGCACCUCCAGGUGUUGGGGUUAGCCAGCACUCAGGUGGGAGACACAGUCGUGAGGAGAGGUCUGAUCCGCUGCAAUCAGCUGGUUAAACUUAACCUCAGCCGCACACGGAUCACGGACCAGGGUCUGAAGUUCUUGAAACACAUGCACCUGGCUCAGGUGAAUCUGGACGGCACAGGCGUGAGUCUGAUGGGCAUCGCGAACCUCCUCUCUUUCACCAACAUCAGCAGCAUCCGCGCGAGCAACACUCGCAGCGUUCCCCCCGAUGAGGUCUCGGACGAGGAGUGGGAAGCCCAGUGAGCGCGGCAUCACCUUCGAUCGGUCCACACAACACUGCACCUGAUACUACAACGCGCCUCUUGACUGCUCCCCCCUUAUAGCCCCUGAAACAUGCUGCCAACAGGAUUACUCUAACUGAAACACUCCUCCUACUUGCACUGUUUCAACUGCAGCUAGUGCCACUAAUCUGUCAAUCAUGCACGCUAUCAAGUUGAAACCUUAAACGGGAGCCUUGUGUUUAAAAACUCGGCUAUUUUUAACGUUUACGUAUAUAUAAAUAUAUAUAUCAUCAAUCUGUAUUCACUUGCAGCCCUUUUUUGUCUCUGGAAAUCUCCACCUGACAAACUUUAAAGCUUUAUGUGCAGCCUUAUAGGUUGGAGCUCUGUGUGUUUCUCCUGGUCGGCACUUUUUUGAGCCGAUCGGCAGGAACAUGUGUUAAAUGUUGGAAAUGUAACUUAUACCACUGCAUGUGUUCUCAGACUGUAACAGACUAACAGACUGAUAUAUGUAGAAAUUAAAUUAACAAAUUCAACCAAAGGUGGUUGAAGAACCUUUUCUUUUUCUUUUUUUUUUUUGGAAGGAACGUGAAGACAGAUAACGUCUUCCGAUAAUCUGUUGUUAAAACUAACAUCGGACCUUGAAGCUGUGUUCAUGUCAUGUUGUAUUUGUUAGAAUAGAGUUCACAGCAGUUUAUUAGAGCUGUUGUUUGUAUUUUCUUUGAUUCAAGAACGCUAUCAAUCACGCAGCAAACACUACUGCAGCUGUCCAAGACGAUACGAAUAUUUGAGUUACUGCUGCUGAAGACGAGAGUUGGGCUCUCGUCAGUUUAUGAUUGGCUUUAGAUCACUAAAAAUGAGAAGAAUCACGGAGUAUCGUUGCCACUAUGACGCACGUUAAACAUCUUGCCGGAUGUCUAGAUCGAUUAUGUUACAUGAUUGAUCUAGGUAGGCAUUGAUUUGUAUAUUUACACCAUUCUAACAUGAGCAGGACCUUUGUCUCAUUGGCAGCCAUACUGCGUUACAAUUUGACAUGAACAGCUUUCCUUGUAAGAGCGCGUGACAGUGUUGUAGUACUCGAGGUCGGUCUUGGUCUUAAGCUUAAGACCAGUUUUUACAGGUCUGUCUCAGAGAAAGAGGUCCGGUCAAGACCAACAACUGCAGGAAUGUCACUUACUUAUCCGAUUUAUUUGUUAAUCAGCCAAAUCUCUUGGACUAAAGUUUCCUAAACCACCAAGAGUUCAUCUGCGAAACACCAGAUGUAAAUACUCCAAGGCGAAUCAAUGUAGCAACCGUCACCCAAAGAUCUUGGGUGAAUAUUAUCGACCUAAGUAGGCUAUAUAUACUGUCUGGUCUUGGUCUUGACCUGGUCUCAGUCUUGGACUACAACACUGGCUCAUAAUGAAGAUUUUCUAACUUGUGAUGUCUCCUGUAUGAAUGUUAGUUUACAGCAAACCAUAUUUCCCUUUUAAAUGCGUCCUGGAGAUGCACUGGAUUCCGUUGAUUUAGUUUUAUGAACGGCUGUCAUGUUCUCUUGUUAGCGUUAGUUACGACAGCCGAGCAGCUUUUCGGUUACACAACGAGACGGGCUGAGCAGCAGAUGUUACGUAGAGGCUGUGAGACGAGGAUCUAUGCAGCCGUGGGGGCUCACAAACCAGAAUCCAAAGCGACUUCAAGUUUUGUCCUCUUGUUUACAGAGAUGUAAAAUAGUUUAUUUUCCCUAACUGCUUUUGAUUUUUGGAUACGAGCACUGUAUUCAUUUAAAAAACGAACAAUAAAAGUCUUCUCAAUCUAAAAUAAAUGCUGUUUUUAUGUUCCGUUUAUUCAGACAAACCUUUAUUGCAUUACAUUGUUAAAUAAGGCAGAACUGCUCUUUUACACAGAAAAAAAAAAAA